AAUAUCCAUCACUCACGCCCUAAAGUGUGAAUUUUAGAACAACUACUCUCAGAAAAGAUGAUUCUUGCUAUCUUCAUUGUCUUUUCUCUUCUCUCUUCUUCCUAUGCUUCAGUGCAAGACUUUUGCGUUGGGGACUUAUCAGGUCCUGAAGGCCCUGCAGGAUUUUCCUGCAAGAAAGCUGCAUCAGUUACAGUAAAAGAUUUUGUUUAUUCUGGGCUUGGCGUUGCAGGAAAUACAACAAACAUUAUAAAAGCUGCUGUUACACCAGCAUUUGCUGCACAAUUUCCUGGGGUCAACGGGCUUGGAAUUUCCAUGGCUCGUUUAGACUUGGCCCCUGGAGGAGUUAUUCCGUUCCAUACACAUCCAGGAGCAUCAGAAGUGCUAGUUGUAAUACAAGGGACAAUUUGUGCUGGUUUUGUUUCCUCUGCUAAUAAAGUUUUCUUUCAAACACUUAAAAAGGGAGAUAUUAUGGUAUUUCCACAAGGUUUAUUGCAUUUUCAAAUAAAUGGAGGUGGGUCUCCUGCUCUUGCAUUUGUUAGCUUUAGCAGUCCAUUUCCAGGUCUUCAGAUUCUCGACUAUGCUCUUUUCGGAAACGACUUGCCGUCUGACAUUAUUGAGAUGACUACCUUCCUAGACGCUGCUCAGGUUAAGAAGCUCAAGGGUGUUCUCGGCGGCACAAACUGAGGCCUAUAGGCCACAUUGUCAAGUUUUAAGUAAUAAAGAGUCUAGCUAGUCAGUGUUAGUGUUUUUAAUUUCCAAUAAUUGUUUCUUGAAGUUGAGUUGUGGUUCCUGUUUCGUUCUUGAGUUUAAGUGCAAAAUGCAAUUUUAAUUUAGGAAAGGCAAAUUAAACGCCUUCAGUUGUGUCAGUAGUAACUAGCAUAUGUGCACUGUUGGACAAAUAAAUGCACGCUGUUUAUCAAUAAUUUUAGAUGUCAUUUUUGUGUAUUUGGUCAGUUUUUAGAAACAACAGAAGGAAAUGGGUAUGGAUUGAAUAUGUGA